ACAGAUUUUAUGAAACACACAGGAUCAGACAAAAAUCAAGAUGGCACUCCGUGUUCUUGUCGGCGUGAAAAGAGUGAUAGAUUAUGCAGUUAAGAUCCGUGUCAAACCAGACAAUAUGGGUGUGGUUACAGAGGGUGUUAAACACAGCAUGAACCCAUUCGACGAGAUAGCCGUAGAAGAGGCUGUAAGGUUGAAGGAAAAAAAACUUGUCAAGGAAAUCAUCGCUGUCAGCUGCGGACCACAACAAUCUCAGGAAACGUUACGUACAGCACUGGCCAUGGGUGUUGACAGAGGUAUUCAUGUCGAGGUCAGCGGAGCAGAAUACGAGGGUCUCGGUCCAUUCCAUGUUUCCAAGAUCAUGGCAAAACUUGCGCAAGAAGAAGAUGCAAACUUAGUCAUUCUAGGCAAACAGGCAAUCGAUGAUGACUGCAAUCAGACGGGUCAAAUGACGGCGGCCAUAUUGGACUGGCCUCAAGCGACCUUUGCCUCAGAGGUCAAAGUUGAGGACAAUAAGAUGGAAGUGACGAGGGAGAUCGAUGGUGGAUUAGAGACGAUCGAGGUCUCAUUGCCAGCCGUUGUCACAGCAGAUCUGAGGUUAAAUGAACCCCGGUAUGCAACGCUACCAAACAUCAUGAAAGCCAAGAAAAAGCCAAUUGCCAAGAAGACGCCCGGUGACCUCGGUGUUGAUGUGACCCCAAGGGUAGAAGUGGUCAGAGUGGAAGAUCCACCGGUCAGAGAAGCAGGGCAGAAGGUUGAGAACGUGGAGGAACUUGUUGGCAAACUCAAAGAAGCUGGCUUCUGCUAACACUGGUUAGUAUUGGCUUGACAAAUUAUCAGACUCUGUACAGCUUCAUGCCUUCCUGCUCUUAGACCCAGUUGAAGUGAACGCAAGAAAAAUGAGGUGUAAGAUGAGGAGUAUGGCCAGCCCCACCAAUGGAAUAAUUUGUUUGUAGAUAUCCAAUCGAUACAAGGCAAAUACCUAGCAAUAUGUGAAAUAUGAUCCAAUGGGUCUACAUGUAGGACUUGGAGUUAUGAAUGGAGCGUACUGUCAGGGGAGCAUUUCAUGAACAAUUUUGUGUCGGAUUGAUACGCUCUCAGCCAAUCAGAUGCAAGGAUUUGGUGUAACUUGCAACAUCUACUGGUGAAAAUUGCUGACAAAGCUUUUCAUGAAAUGCUCCCUGGAUCAUUCCUCUGAUUUGUCAAUUUGUGUGAUCAGUAAAAAAAAAAAAGAAGCAAUUUGAGAUCACCUAUCCAACAAAUCAUUCUAUGUACAAACAUGAUUUUGAUGACAAAGUUUAUUGCAUUAUUUCAUUUAUAGUGUAAUAUUCUCUUCCCACCCCUCCCCUACUAUCUCAUCUCUCUUCCAUUUCUCUCUGUCCCCCCAUUAUUCUCCACUUUGUAUUUCCCCUAAUCCCUCUGUUUUUAUUCUCCCGCAUACCUCAGUCACAUUUACCUGACAGCAACCAUACGACUAGUCGAAAAUGACUGUUUUAACAUUUUUUACACCAGCUUCAUACAGGUGGUCUGAAUGAAAUAAGAUAAAACGGCUGUAUUUAGACUACUGCUGCCACAGGGGAAAUGUGACUUGAGGUAUUACUGCUUGAUGUUCUCUUCAUGUUGUUCGUCUUUUCCAAUCCUUCGUUCUCUCUCUAUUUCCAUCUCUCACUCUCUAUUUCCUUUCUUUUUCCUUUCUGUUCAAGCCUUUUUGUUUACAUAUACCCACUCCACUCGAUACAUUGAUUUCUUAUGAAACGUGGAGAGUGGUUUCUGAAUAAAGUCUAAUUAUCGUAUUCAAAGCAAGUUAUUUGGAACUUCUUGAGCAGUUCAUCAUUUUGAAAUAAACAGGCACUCUGUACACCUGAGCGAUGAUUAAUAUUUUAUCACAACAGGAAAAAUAUGUAAUGAAAUGAUCCUUUUUUAUUGUUAAAUUUGGAAAUGAUUGAGAAUGAUUUUGAGGUGAUAAGCAUCCUUGUUAUUCCUUUGCAAAGGGAUUGUCGAUGGCUAUGUGAAUAUUGAGACGAAUUACAAUAUUUAAUAUGAAAAUAGUAGAUUCCUUCAGAGACAUAUAUGUGAUUAUAUGUAUUUGUUUCAAUAUUCAUGGCCCAUAUUGUUCCAAAUGUUCUUGUAUGUUCCAUGGGAAAUGUUGAAUAAAUAUAUUGACAUAAAAA